AUAGGGAUAAGAAGACGAAGACCCCAAAACACACUCAAUCUAUCAUUCAGUCCAAAUAAUCAGAAUGGUAUCGUGCGCCGCCUGAGUAGUUAUCGUGCGCCAUGGGCGGGGAUGCUAACGGGAGUAGCAGCGGAGGGACUAUGACGGCGGAGCCUCAGUACGUGGCGGCCAAGACCUCUGUUUGGUGGGAUAUAGAGAAUUGCCAGGUGCCCAAGGCUUGCGAUACGCAUGCGAUUGCCCAGAACAUAAGUUCGGCGUUGGCGAAGAUGAACUACUGCGGGCCGGUCUCUAUCUCCGCUUACGGCGACACCAACGGUAUCCCUAAUACAGUACAGAAAGCCCUAUCCAGUACCGGCAUCGCUCUCAAUCAUGUCCCGACUGGGGUAAAAGAUGCUAGUGACAAGAAAAUUCUUGUUGAUAUGCUCUUUUGGGCUGUGGACAAUCCUGCUCCAGCAAAUUAUUUGCUGAUUUCCGGUGAUAGGGAUUUUUCUAAUGCUCUCCAUCAAUUGCGCAUGCGGAGAUAUAAUAUUCUAUUAGCCCAACCGCAGAAAGCAUCUGCACCUCUUAUUGCUGCGGCGAAGAACAUAUGGCUAUGGACAAACCUAGUAAUUGGAGGACCCCCUCUUACAAGUGGCGAAUCCUCACAACUUCUUGUUAAUGGCGAUGAUACUUGUAACCCUGUAACAUCACAAAAUUCAUUGUCCGAACCUAUUAUACCAAGUAGACCAAUAUCUUUCAACUCCGAACGCCUUUCAUCGGGGAACCAAAAGUCUUCUGUUAUUGGAAGAAUUGGUGACAACAAAUUUACUUCGAAACAUUUGCGCAAAACCUCUGAUUUGCCAAGAAUAUCAAGAGCCUCUAGUGCGUCAGUUACAGUCGCAGUUCAAGAAGGCAAGGUCAAGGAGCAGCCCGAGCAUUCACAGACAAAGCUGUUUAAAAAUGCCCCACAUGAAUUUUUUGAGAAGAGUGAUAAUUCUGUUUUCACGAGUCCGCCUGCUCCCAAUUUCCAUCCCGGCCAUUCUGACCAGUUGAGAAGUAACAGCAACAACUUUUUAGGCAAUCCUCCUAAUCACAGUCCUCUUCCCUUGAGGCCAAAUAACCAACAUGUAUCUACUUUUGCACCUCCAAAUUUUCAGAAUAAUUGUUUUCGUCCAGUGCCUUCAAGACCAGAUGUUCCUAGAUUCCCUUCAGCCCCAUUAACAGGUGUGCCUGAUGUUGGUAAGCUAAAUAUAUCUGAAUGCCCCAACUAUGCUCAAAAUCCUUCUAAUUUCGAUCAUCAAAUUGGAGAAGAGUUUAUAUUUAAAGCAGGAUCUAAUGAGUCGCCCAAUCCAGCUAGCUUAAAUAUACCACAGAAAGGCAAUAUCACGCACAACUGCCAGGGAAUUCACCAAGAUAUUAACAAUUGGCAGUUUCAUGGUGUUGAAUUUUCACAUCCUCCUUCCCCAGCAAUGGUAACUGGCACUGCAUCUAGUGAUGGUGUUUGGGUGGCUAGCUUAAAUAUACCACAGAAAGGCAAUAUCACACACAACUGCCAGGGAAUUCACCAAGAUAUGAACAAUCGACGGCUUCAUGGUGUUGAAUUUUCCCGUCCUCCUUCCCCAACAAUGGUAGCUGGCACUGCUUCUAGUAAUGGUGCUUGGGUGGCUAGCUUAAAUAUACCACAGAAAGGCAAUAUCACGCAAAACCGCCAGGGAAUUCACCAAGACAUGAGCAAUCAGCAGUUUCAUGGUGUUGAACUUUCUCGUCCUCCUUCCCCAGCAAUGGUAGCUGGCAUUGUUUGUAGUAAUGGUGUUUGGGGAGCUCAAGGACACCCCCCGCCAUCUGAGUAUGUGCAAGGUCUUAUUGGAAUUGUUCUACUUGCCUUAAACACCCUGAAAACUGAAAAAAUAGUGCCUACUGAAGCAAACAUAAUGGAGUGCAUUCGUUAUGGAGAUCCAAAACACCGAAAUACAGAUGUAAAGAAGGCUCUGGAGAGUGCGAUCGAACAAAAUAUGGUGGUGAAGCAAAACUUAGGUUCACUGCAACUGUAUAUUGGUAAACACAAGAAAUUAUGGAAGUGCUUGAAUCCCAAAGGUGGCAAUCCUAAUGUGUAUCCAAAAGCAAUAUGGGACGUAAUACAAGAUUUUCUUACCUCCUCUGCUGGAAGAUCCGCAAUUCUGUCUUCUCAAUGCAGAUAUGAAGCUGCUUUGGUUUUAAGGAAGGCAUGCUUGGAGGAGCGAGCUUUAGGCGAGGUACUCAUGAUCUUGAAUAUGGUAAUUGCGAUCAAGAAAUGGAUUAUACAUAAUCCAUCAGGUUGGCAACCAAUUGUGAUUACUCUUUCAGAGACUGACACUGUGUAGUUACUUGAACUUGGUGCUUGAUCUGCUGGAGAUUAGUUUCACAGCGGCUAAGUAUAUUGCGGAACUAUUAUCAUCAUCAUCAUCAUCAAUCCUAAAACUAUGUUGGAUGGUCCUUUUGAAACAUUGCUCAGUAAAGUAGGUGUCAGGUAUUCUACCGCCCUCUUUGUUUUUCUUUUUUGGGGAGCUCUGUUUGGCUUUUGAAGGGAAAAAAGAAGAUUUAUACUACCGAGAUGAAGCAUUAUGCACACUAUCACGACAGUAAUUCUCCAGCUGCAGAGUUGUAUCCCGUCAUUUUAUGCAAUGUAAGCUUACCUUGAAUAAGAUGUUCGUACGUAGCUAAUGAGGCUUUUGUCUACUUCACACCACUACUGUUCAUCAAGACAUUUUGGUCCAUGCUGGAUGGACAAGAAGUUACUAAACCCUUGUUUUUUUACAGUUAAAUUUGAUGAGUAAGCCCCAGCUGUGAAAGAAUGGCGUGAUUAUUUGUUUAUUGCAUGAAAGGAGAAGCCAACAUGUAGUUCGGGUCUUUCACUGGUUCUGUCAUUGGCAGUGUGCCGAGUAUUAACUUUUGCUUACUUUUCAUGCUAGACGACUCCUGGGUAUUUUUAUGUUGAGGCUGGGUGUAUAAUCCAAACUUAACUAUACAGGCACACCGGUAAAGAGAUUCUUACGAGGUCAUUGUGUGAAGGUGAAUUUGAUAGUUUACAUUCUGGAUGGGAAGAACGUUUAUGGCUGAAUAAUAUCGCGACUAUAAACAAGUUCAAGGUUUAAGUUUUCUCUGGGAGGUGAGUAACCUAUUAGGCAUUCAUGGUUUCAUGUAUGUGACUAUGUGGUAGCUGGGCUAUGGUGGACUUGGCACUUGAAAUGUGUACUGUAAUUGGUUACUUGCUAGCAAAGACUGCUUCUUUUUUUCUAUGUUUAGAACUUUUAAGAUUUUCUUGUAUAUGAAAUUUGGUUGUGGUAAACAAAUUUAUUUGGGUUG